AUGCGCGCUUGCAUCGCGCGCUUUGCCGACGACCCCAAAGCACGUGAGAGGGCAUCGGCUGUGUACUCGGAUUUCAUGCAGGCCAACAACGAGCAGCAACGCGAGGCCGCCGGCGCCGCCGCGGCCGCCAGCAAGGACCUCUUGAGCACGCUGGCCGGAGCCGAGAUGCGCGUGCUUGCAAAAGGCCUCAACUCGCCGAGCGAGCGCCAGCGGCGCAUCUCGGCCGCGAUCCUCGCAGCCGACGCGCUUGCGGCGCCGCUGCCGCCGAUGGGCGCGGACGCCCUGCGCCUGGUCGUCACUCACUUGGUUCUCCUCGGCGUCCCUGGCAGCUGCCUGCCCGCGUCGAUGCUGAUGGCGGAGGCGGCGCUGCUGCUGCAGCAGCAGGGCGCGGGGCUGGCGCCUGAGGGUCCGGUGCAGCUGCAGCAUGAGUAUCACUGGAACCGGCCCCCCAACCUCCUCAAUGUAGGUGGCUGA